UCCCGGGUCGCUUCGUCCAACUACCGCGCCACCCUCCCCUCCCACUCACCAACCCCGCCUCCGACUGACCGGCUCCGGCCAGCUAUAAAUAGCGCGCCCCACUCCCCGAUAGCUUCAGGAGAGACCGCGCCCACCACGCACCCCCUCCCCUCACCUCACCUCCACUCGCGCAUUGCAUUACCGCAAAACCCAGAUUCGCCAACCCGAUCGCCGCCGCCACCGCCGGCAUUCCGUCCGCAAUGGCACUCGCCACCAACCACGCCGCCGCCGCCAUAUCGUCCGGAGCCGCCGCCCCUCAGCCCCGCCGCGCCCCUUCGUUCCUCCCGCUGAAGCGCCGCACAAUCUGCGCCGUCCACGCCGCGGAGCCCUCGAAGAGCGCCGCCGCCGCCCCGGCCGCGGCGAAGACCUCUUCGCCGUCGGUGGCGCCGGAGAAGUCCGCGAUACCGGACCCGAAACCGGAGGCGCCCGCGGUGCCAGCAAAGUGGACGGUGGACAGCUGGAGGGCGAAGAAGGCUCUUCAGCUGCCGGAGUACCCCAACGCCGCGGAGCUGGAGUCGGCCCUCAAGACGAUCGAGGCGUUCCCGCCGAUCGUCUUCGCCGGGGAGGCGCGGCACCUGGAGGAGCGCCUCGCCGACGCCGCCAUGGGCCGGGCCUUCCUUCUCCAAGGAGGCGACUGCGCCGAGAGCUUCAAGGAGUUCAACGGCAACAAUAUCCGCGAUACCUUCCGCGUCCUGCUUCAGAUGUCUGCCGUCCUCACCUUUGGCGGUCAAAUGCCCGUCAUCAAGGUUGGGAGAAUGGCCGGCCAAUUCGCAAAGCCGAGGUCGGAUUCGUUCGAGGUAAGGGAUGGGGUGAAGCUGCCGAGCUACCGAGGGGACAACAUCAACGGUGAUGCUUUCAACGAAAAGAGCCGCAUCCCCGAUCCCCAGAGGAUGAUCAGGGCCUACACCCAGUCGGCCGCGACACUCAACCUCCUCCGCGCGUUCGCCAUGGGAGGGUACGCUGCCAUGCAACGGGUCACCCAGUGGAACCUCGAUUUCACUGAAAACAGCGAGCAGGGCGACAGGUACCGAGAAUUGGCACACAGGGUUGAUGAAGCCCUUGGCUUCAUGUCUGCAGCUGGGCUAACAUUGGAUCACCCUGUUAUGUCGAGUACUGAAUUCUGGACCUCUCAUGAGUGCCUACUCCUACCGUAUGAGCAAGCUUUGACCCGCCAGGACUCGACCUCUGGUCUUUUCUAUGACUGUUCUGCCCACAUGCUUUGGGUCGGUGAACGCACUCGCCAGCUCGAUGGUGCUCAUGUUGAGUUCCUCAGGGGUGUUGCUAACCCUCUUGGUAUCAAGGUGAGUGACAAAAUGAACCCUGCUGACUUGGUAAAACUGAUUGACAUAUUGAACCCAACAAACAAGCCUGGGAGAAUUACCAUCAUUACAAGAAUGGGGGCGGAGAACAUGAGGGUCAAGUUACCUCAUCUUAUCCGUGCUGUCCGCCAUGCUGGUCAAAUUGUCACCUGGAUCACUGAUCCCAUGCAUGGGAACACUAUCAAGGCUCCUUGCGGUCUGAAGACACGCCCCUUUGACUCCAUUCUGGCUGAGGUCAGGGCGUUCUUCGAUGUUCAUGAGCAAGAAGGUAGCCACGCAGGAGGCGUCCACCUUGAGAUGACUGGGCAGAAUGUGACAGAGUGCAUUGGUGGAUCCCGAACCGUGACCUUCGAUGACCUGGGCGACCGCUACCACACCCACUGUGACCCGAGGCUGAAUGCAUCCCAGUCUCUGGAGCUCUCCUUCAUCAUUGCUGAGAAGCUGAGGAAGAGGAGGAUCCGCUCGUCGAAGCUUAACAGCGUCUUGCCAUUGCCAACCUAUGGUUUCUGAAACACGUAACCAGUGAGGAAUGAAUGGGUUAGAUAGUUGCAGCAGCUUUCGACGCGUAUUCCAUUUGUUGGCGUGGUAUCUUGAUAAAAGUCAUAUACUGAUUGUAAGCUUUCUGUGCGCCAGGGAGGAUCUGUAGUUAAAUUUGUGAUGGUCUAUUAUAGUACAAUUUUAUGUAUGGUUUCGACACUCUUCCUAUUUAUUUCAUCUAUAAGAGAAUAAUGAGAUUGAAAGCAUUGUGAACGAA